AUGGCCGGUGCGGGUGGGGAAGGGGAGGUGCCGGCGCUGCGAGCGGUGCGAAGAUGCCUGGCGGCGUUCCCGGCGGAGGCCCGGGAGUUGGGACUGAUGGAAUCAGUGCCAUACCUAGAUAGCAUUCUGUCUCCGCUGGAAUUUUAUCGGGAAUGGGUGUGUCCAAACAAGCCAUGUAUAAUUCGGAAUGCCUUUGGUCACUGGCCAGCUCUGAAGAAGUGGACGUUAACUUAUCUCAGGACGGUAGCAGGCUCCAAGAUGGUGAGUGUGGCAGUGACACCAAAUGGUUAUGCCGAUGCUGUUUAUCAGGACCGGUUUGUCAUGCCGGAGGAGCGGCACAUGCUUUUCAGCAACUUCCUGGACAUUGUGGAGAAGAAAGUGAUCUCUCCAAGUGUGUUCUAUGUGCAGAAACAGUGUUCAAACCUGACUGAGGAGUUCCCUGAACUUUUAGGUGAUGUGGAGCCUGAAGUACCGUGGAUGAGUGAGGCACUCGGAAAGAAGCCCGAUGCUGUGAAUUUCUGGCUUGGCGAGUCUGCUGCUGUGACAUCCUUACAUAAAGAUCACUACGAGAACUUGUACUGUGUGAUUUCUGGCGAGAAACAUUUUCUGCUGCAUCCACCAAGUGACCGUCCCUUCAUCCCCUACGAGCUCUACCUUCCUGCAACAUAUUGCAUAUCAGAAGAUGGUUCGUUUCAGAUUGUGGAUGAGAAGGCUGCAGACAAGGUGCCAUGGAUUCCGCUGGAUCCUUUAAAUCCAGAUCUUGAACAAUACCCAGAGUAUGCCCAGGCAAGGCCUUUGCGGUGCACAGUGAAAGCUGGUGAGAUGUUGUACCUCCCUUCCCUCUGGUUUCAUCAUGUUCAGCAGUCACAUGGUUGUAUAGCAGUGAAUUAUUGGUAUGACAUGGAAUAUGACCUGAAGUACAGCUACUAUCAACUUCUAGAUUCUCUCACAAAAGCUGUGACACUGGUGUAGCUUAGACUGGGGACUCAGUCAUAAACCUUUCUGAUGUGACUGAAUUAUAUGCGUCUGCCUGGAGUACAAAUAUGCUUGAGUCAGAAGAACUAAACAUUAAAUUAUCCUCAACAAAUGUCUGUCAGAGGAUAUUUGUCUUGCUUGCCUUUGGAGAUGGUAUCAUGCAGUCGUUCAGUGAAAUGCCAGGCCAAAUGGCUAUCUUUUUUUGGCUUGACAGGAGGGGGCUUGUUGACAACAUUUCAAAGCCUUCAUGCUUAGCCUCAGAUGCCUCAAGGAAGGCAGAAUUUUAGUGGAGCCACUGCAGGUUUUGGAAACCUCAAAAAUGUAAACCAUGUGUGUUCCUUUCCAUUUGCUAGACUCUUUAGAGCAGUGGUUUUC